AGGGGGCGGUAAAGCCUCUCUAUUUGGUCUGCUGACUCUGCUAAUGCGGUAGAAGAAGAAUACGAACCGAUGAAGACAUGAUGGGGUCUGUUACAGAUGAUGAAGUCAUUCGAAAGCGUCUUCUUAUCGACGGCGAUGGAGCAGGGGAUGAUCGGAGAAUCAAUUUGUUGUUGAAAACCUUCACCAAGUGGUGCAAUUCACCUGGAAGCCCAGAAGAAAGCUUCGCACAGUACCAGAGGAUGCUUGGGACUCUUACCCAAUGUGAAUUCUCCCUGGGGAAGACUCUGAUGGUCUAUGAUAUGAAUCUGAAGGAAAUGGAGAAUUAUGGCAAAAUCUACUCUAAUAUAGAACAAAAUAUAACGUCAGCACAUGAGAAGAUUGUGGAAUGCAAAAAGGAAAUCCUGAGAGCAAAGAGAGUAAGAAAGAACCGCCAAGAAUACGAUGCGCUUGCAAAGGUUAUUCAGAAUCACCCAAAUCGUCACGAAACACUCAAGCAAUUGGAGGCACUUGACAAAGAACUCCAACAGUUGUCUAACAUCAAGGAGAAUGUGGAUGCAAAGUUGGAACUACGGAAGAAGCAGUUCCACGUGCUACUCAGUACCAUUCAGGAGCUACAGCAGACACUUGAAAAUGAUGAGAAACUAGACAUUGACGAAAACAAUCAGCCAAGUCCCUCAGAGGCUGUCGAAUGAGGACACCGUUCUUUCAUUUUGAAUCAAAUGAACCAAUUUUAUAUGCUGAAUUUUCUGCAUUUUUGAAUAAAUGUGAAAACUACA